AUGGGACAUGCGAACUCUAAGUCUCAGCUAAAUGACAAAGAACAAACAGUCCUCCUGAAACUAAAGCAACAUUGGCAUAACCCACCAUCUCUAAGCCACUGGCACAAUCCACUAUCUCUAAGCCACUUAAACUCCUCCCACCAUUGUAACUGGCCAGAGAUCACUUGCACCAGUGGAACAGUCACCCAACUACUACUUCAAAACAAGAACAUCAACCAAACAGUCCCACCCUUCAUUUAUGACCUUAAGAACCUCACAGUCAUUAACCUUUCAAACAACUUCAUUUCUCAAGAGUUUCCUAAAGCGCUCUAUAACUGUUCCAAGCUUGAAGACCUUGACCUCUCACAGAAUUACUUCAACGGCACAAUCCCAGUUGACUUUCACCGCUUGUUUGGCCUGCGCCACCUCAACCUUGGAGCCAACAACUUCUAUGGUAACAUUCCAGCAUCUAUUGGACAGUUAACGGAGCUAAGGACGCUUCAGCUUUUCCAGUGUGCAUUUAACGGUUCUUUCUCGCCAGAAAUCGACAACUUGUUCAAACUUGAGUCACUGCAGUUGGCCUAUAAUGUAAACAUGACAGCAGCAGAGUUGCCUUCGAGUUUCACGGAGUUGAAGAAGCUUAAGUUUUUAUGGAUUACUGCUUCUAAUUUGAAUGGGAAAAUCCCAGACACGAUUGGAGAAAUGGAGGCUUUGGUGCAUUUGGAUUUGUCAAUAAACAAUCUGACUAGGAAAAUUCCGAGCAGUUUGUUUAUGCCAAAGAAUUUAAGUAUUGUGUUUCUUUUCAGAAACCAAUUGUCUGGGGAGAUUCCUCGGGUGGUUGAAGCAUUAAACAUUGAUGUUAUUGACCUCUCGGAUAAUAAAUUGACCGGAAGCAUACCUGAUGACUUUGGCAGACUCAAAAACAUGACAGGGACUCUGGCUCCGGACUUUGGGCGGUAUUCUAUGCUUGUAGAGUUCCAGGUUGCAGACAAUAAGCUUGAAGGCAAGUUACCAGAACACUUGUGUGAUAACGGAAGGUUGGAAGCUAUGGUAGCUUAUAACAACAACAUCACUGGACAAUUGCCUAAGUCGCUUGGCAAUUGCAAUGGUUUGAAAAUUGUGACUGUUUACAAUAAUAGGCUUUCUGGGGAUAUUCCUAGUGGCCUAUGGACAUCGUUGAAUUUGAGGGUCUUGAUUUUAAGCGACAAUUCGUUUACAGGCGAGCUUCCUCAAAGAGUGGCAAGGAAUCUCUCAAGAUUGGAAAUAAAUAACAACUUCUUUUCUGGUACGAUUCCAACUGGAGUGUCUUCCUGGAGGAAUUUGGUGGUAUUUGAGGCUAGUAAUAACCUCUUUACUGGGACAAUUCCUCGAGAAUUAACAUGUCUUCCUCAUUUAACAACUCUUUUUCUUGAUCAAAAUUGA